UCAUGGCCCAAGUAGCGAUGGCCACCCUGCCCGUGGAAGAUGAGGAGUCCUCAGAGAGCAGGAUGGUGGUGACAUUCCUCAUGUCUGCUCUCGAGUCCAUGGGUUGUCCAACUAAGAGUGUGGAUAGUGCAGCGAGAAUGCACCCUCAUUUGUCACAAGUGUAAAGAACUGGCCAAGUCCAAGGCAGAAGUGGCCUGCAUUGCAGUGUAUGAAACAGAUGUGUUUGUCGUCGGAACCGAGAGAGGACGUGCUUUUGUUAAUACCAGGAAGGAUUUUCAAAAAGACUUCGUAAAAUACUGUGUUGAAGAAGAAGAAAAGGCUGCAGAGAUGCAUAAGAUGAAAUCUACAACCCAGGCGAAUCGGAUGAGUGUCGAUGCUGUAGAAAUCGAAACUCUCAGAAAAACGGUUGAAGACUAUUUCUGCUUUUGCUAUGGGAAAGCUUUAGGCAAAUCCACAGUGGUACCCGUUCCAUAUGAGAAGAUGCUUCGAGACCAGUCAGCUGUGGUAGUGCAGGGGCUUCCUGAAGGAGUUGCCUUUAAACACCCUGAGAAUUAUGAUCUUGCAACCUUGAAAUGGAUUUUGGAGAACAAAGCAGGGAUUUCAUUUAUCAUUAAGAGACCUUUCCUAGAGCCAAAGAAACACCUAGGCGGUCGUGUGAUGGUCACAGAUGCUGAAAGGUCAAUACUGUCUCCAGGAGGAAGUUGUGGGUCCAUCAAAGUGAAAACUGAACCCACAGAAGAUUCUGGCAUUUCUCUGGAAAUGGCAGCUGUGACAGUAAAGGAAGAAUCAGAAGAUCCUGAUUACUAUCAGUAUAACAUUCAAGCAGGCCCUUCUGAAACUGAUGAUGUUGAUGAAAAACUUCCCCUUUCGAAGUCUUUGCAAGGAAGCCAUCAUUCUUCAGAGGGCAAUGAAGGAACAGAAGUGGAAGUACCAGCAGAAGAUUCUACUCAACAUGUCCCUUCAGAAACAAGUGAGGACCCUGAAGUUGAGGUGACUAUUGAAGAUGAUGAUUAUUCUCCACCCACCAAGAGACCAAAGAGCAAUGAACCGCCACAGCCACCAGUUCCAGAACCUGCCAACGCCGGAAAGCGAAAAGUGAGGGAGUUCAACUUUGAGAAAUGGAAUGCUCGCAUUACAGAUCUUCGUAAACAAGUUGAGGAGUUGUUUGAAAGAAAAUAUGCUCAAGCUAUAAAAGCCAAAGGUCCAGUGACGAUCCCAUACCCCCUUUUCCAGUCUCAUGUGGAAGAUCUCUAUGUAGAAGGACUUCCUGAAGGAAUUCCUUUUAGAAGGCCAUCCACUUACGGAAUUCCUCGCCUCGAGAGGAUACUACUUGCAAAGGAAAGGAUCCGAUUUGUGAUUAAGAAACAUGAACUUUUAAAUUCAACUCGUGAAGAUUUACAGCUUGAUAAGCCAGCUUCAGGAGUAAAGGAAGAAUGGUAUGCCAGGAUCACUAAAUUAAGAAAGAUGGUAGAUCAGCUUUUCUGCAAAAAGUUUGCGGAAGCCUUAGGGAGCACUGAAGCCAAGGCCGUACCAUACCAAAAAUUUGAAGCACAUCCUAAUGAUCUCUACGUGGAAGGACUACCAGAAAACAUUCCUUUUAGAAGUCCCUCGUGGUAUGGCAUCCCAAGGCUGGAAAAAAUCAUUCAAGUGGGCAAUCGGAUUAAGUUUGUUAUUAAAAGACCAGAACUUCUAACUCACAGUACAACUGAAGUUACUCAGCCAAGGACGAAUACACCAGUCAAAGAAGAUUGGAAUGUCCGCAUUACCAAGCUACGGAAACAAGUGGAAGAGAUUUUUAAUUUGAAAUUUGCUCAAGCUCUUGGACUCACGGAGGCGGUGAAAGUACCAUAUCCUGUGUUCGAAUCAAAUCCUGAGUUCCUUUAUGUAGAAGGCUUGCCAGAAGGAAUUCCUUUCCGAAGCCCCACGUGGUUUGGAAUUCCACGACUUGAAAGGAUUGUCCGUGGAAGUAAUAAGAUCAAGUUUGUUGUUAAAAAACCUGAACUAGUUGUUUCUUACUUACCUCCUGGAAUGGCUAGUAAAAUAAACACUAAAGCAUUGCAGUCCCCGAAAAGACCACGAAGCCCUGGAAGUAAUUCCAAGGUUCCUGAGAUUGAGGUCACUGUGGAAGGCCCUAAUAACAACAAUCCUCAAACCUCAGCUGUUCGGACUCCUACUCAGACUAACGGUUCUAAUGUUCCUUUCAAGCCUCGAGGGAGAGAGUUUUCCUUUGAGGCCUGGAAUGCCAAAAUCACAGACCUAAAACAGAAAGUUGAAAAUCUUUUCAAUGAGAAAUGUGGGGAAGCUCUGGGCCUUAAACAAGCUGUGAAGGUGCCAUUUGCAUUAUUUGAGUCUUUCCCAGAAGACUUUUACGUGGAAGGCUUACCCGAGGGUGUGCCAUUCCGAAGACCAUCUACUUUUGGCAUUCCAAGGCUGGAGAAGAUACUUAGAAACAAAGCCAAAAUUAAGUUCAUCAUUAAAAAGCCUGAAAUGUUUGAGACGGCAAUUAAGGAGAGCACCUCCUCUAAAAGCCCUCCAAGAAAAAUAAAUUCAUCGCCCAAUGUUAAUACUACUGCAUCAGGUGUUGAAGACCUUAACAUCAUUCAGGUGACAAUUCCAGAUGAUGAUAAUGAAAGACUGUCAAAAGUGGAAAAAGCUAGACAGCUAAGAGAACAAGUGAAUGACCUGUUCAGUCGAAAAUUUGGUGAAGCUAUUGGUAUGGGUUUUCCAGUGAAAGUUCCCUAUAGGAAAAUCACAAUCAAUCCUGGCUGCGUGGUGGUGGAUGGCAUGCCCCCUGGUGUAUCAUUCAAAGCCCCCAGUUACCUGGAAAUCAGCUCCAUGAGAAGGAUCCUAGAUUCUGCCGAGUUCAUCAAAUUCACGGUCAUCAGACCAUUUCCAGGACUUGUGAUUAAUAACCAGUUGGUUGAUCAGAGUGAGUCAGAAGGCCCAGUGAUACAAGAAUCGGCUGAGCCAAGCCAGGUGGAAGCUCCAGCAACAGAAGAAGUAAAGGAGACUGAUGGAAACUCUCAGAUCAAGCAAGAACCAGAUCCCACGUGGUAGACCUCUUCCCUCCGAGGCUUAAAGUAUCAGUGGUUGAGAAGAGCUUUUCGGACCUGUUACUGCCCCAAGCUGUGUAAUAUACUUGUAUAACAGAAAAACCUUCUAUACAAACCUUUUUUUCUACUUUUAGAUAGAAAUGUCUACUUUUUCAGCAGUUCUGUGAAUUGAAUUAAAGAGCAGAGUGACUGUAGAUUUGGAAUGGCUGGUUUACUUUGGAAUGUAUUAUAAGGAUUUUACAGCAAUGCUGGAAAAAUGACAGGGAAAAUGACAGGGAUGAAUCUCAUCAGAUUUUUUACAUAUUCAGCAGAGCCUUCAGCUAUGGUGUUUAUUUUCCAAUCAAGUGAAGAUAUCUCCUACUGGAACAUUUCAGCUUCUGCAGUGAAGAAAAUUCCUGUGUAGUUCAGUUCUUUAGUUUUUCUAUUUGAAAAAUCAUUUAAAUGAUCCUUUGUUCACAGUUCUCCUUAAUGACUGAGUGAACAAUUAGUAUCUGUAUAUUUGACUAAACCUUUUCCUAAGCUAUCUAUCAUGGUUCAUAUGUUUUUUAUCAUAAUUAAAAGAAAAACCGUCUGGAUCACCUAACGGUCAACAAGAGGUCAGUAUCUCAGCGUGUGGAUUAUAGACGAAACACAGAGAACCUCUUCCACUUUUGCUUUUUUGUCCAAAUAAAAUGCAUGGUAUACCAGAAGUCGAAGAGCAGGUAUGAGUAUUUGGGCAAGCUAGAUGACACUAAAGCCUCCGAUCAUGUUCACUUGUUGUGGCGUGGAAUUCUUUGGAACACCGUUCCAGCUGGGAUCAGGCUCAAGGGGUUGUCGUUGCCUUCGUCGUCUUCUGAUUCUACUUGUUCCAUUGAGGCACCCGUGUGGGGAGCUGGAGGGGUCAGUGAGCUGAGGACGCCCUCUGGUGGUCUGCGCCAGCUGUAGGAGAAUCUGCCUUGUGUUGAGAUUUCAGACAGUAAGAGUUGUAAAAUACCAGCUAUAUGAAAAGCUAGAGUAUGUGAUGGCAUAGAGUUUUCAUUAGCUUUAUCACAAUAUUCACAAUAGAGAAUUAUAUUACAUGGUAGCAGAAAUAGGCAUUUUUAUGUGUUGCUUAUAUUUUACCUCAAAUUAAAUUGUAGAUAUAGGGUAAUAAAUAAAAUCCAUCCAUGCCUUUCA